CAGAUUUCUGUCAGUUGAUUAUUUUUUUAGAAUUAAUUUUUUUUGAUUAUUCUUAUUUUUAUUACUUUUAAUUCUAUUUUUAGUUCGUAUGCGCUCGGUAUUUUGAUGUUGUAUGUUCCUCGCGUGUCAAUUGCCAAAGAUCUUAGCGCCAAAGGCAUGAGAUGCUCUUAAUAGCUAAUUAAACAUACAGACAUUCAUACAUACAUAGCGAAGCAGCAGUAUCCAGUUUUCCUUAUUGCACAGAAUCUAGCUUAAAUUUCUCCACAUCAGCAACAGCGUACAGCGAGGAUGAUGCAGAAUAUGCUACCGGAAGACGUAAUAAAACUUCGAGGCAAGAUCCUUUGUCGCAUCGCAUCAUUGAGAAGCGUAGACGCGAUCGCAUGAACUCCUGUCUGGCUGAUCUCUCACGUCUCAUUCCGCCGCAGUAUCAACGUAAGGGGCGUGGUCGCAUAGAGAAGACCGAGAUUAUCGAAAUGGCCAUCCGGCACCUAAAGCAUUUGCAAAACGAGUGCAUACAGAAGGAGAAUGAGUAUCGCAUGGGCUACACCGACUGCAUGAAGGAGGCCGCCAAGUUUCUAUACGAAAGCCACAUGGAGGAGUUUUGCUAUCGCUUGGUGGCGCGCCUGCAAGAGCAUUGCGUAGAGCUAAUGAAAAAUGACUGCUACAAGUCGCGCAACUGUCAUAUACCCGACAACGUGAGCGCCUCAAGCGGCAGUCCACAUCAAGCGUAUCAUACGGCGCCGCCGCUGUGUCAAUUGCGUGACUUGCUAGGCAACUCGGACAUCGAGCAGAGCAACGAUCACAACGAUGUAAAGGACUUGAGUUUCCGCAAUCAUUUGAAUCAAUUGCAACGUAAUGUCGCUGUCGCAGCGGCAGCUGCCGCGGUCGCCAACAGCACAAGCACUAGCGUUGUACAUGAGCACAAUGGCAACGGCAGCCAGAACAAUGCGCCCAGCAAGUGUACCACGCUAUCGACGGGCGCGUCAUUGAGUAAUGCCACCAGCACGACGGCGGCAAUAUCUAACGGUGGCAGUGCGGUAGUGGUGGUGGGUGGCGCGCCAGCGGAUACUUCACCGCAGCGUCCGCAUCAGGCGCCGGUUAUAACUUCUACCGGGCCGGCGACUUUAAAUCACCAUAACGAGUCGAGUAAUCACGAUUUUGAGUCAUCGUCGCGUGAACCGCUACUACACACCGAAACGUCGAAUAUGCAUUCCCCACCGCCGCGCGACUCCCUGCUGAAUCAUCACGCUCAUCUGAGCCAUCAUCACAACACUACGGAUAGCUUGCUGUCAGCGCGUAUGCGCAACUUUUCCGAAUCGUCACAUGAUAUUGAACAUAACAACAAUUACAAGUACAAAAAUCACAUAAAAGAGCGCUUCAAUCAUGAGCUGCAUGACGAGGAGACAUCCAGCGAACAUUGUCCGGCGCCACCGCUGUUGCAGAGCGAACAUUCGCAUACGCACUCGCUUUCGGAGCACUCGAAGGACGGCACCGAACCGGAAAUAGCCCCCAUCAUGGCGAAGAAGCGCAAGUUAGCCGAAGCGGCGGCGGCGGCAGCGACAGUCGGCGGUGGCGUCAAUAGCAACAGCGCUAUGGACGACUGUGAUACACGCCCUUUGCCGUCUGUGCGCACGCCAACCACCACAAGCACCAACGUCGGCGCCAGUUUGAUGUGCGGACGCGAUGAGAAACCAUUCAGUUUCGCCGAUAUCAAAACUGAAUUGAGUGCACCCGCAACAGGACUGAUAGGCGCCAAAUCACACUUGAGUACAGCUAGCAGCAGUACGCACGUGUCGCCUAAUCUGCAUGCGGCGCGCUCUUUUGCCGUGCCCAUUUUUGCGCUGCAUGGCCAAGGUACCUACUAUGUGCCGCUCAACGUUGACUACAACGUGCUAGUGCCAUUCCUCAAUGGCGCCGAUCUACUCGAGAAAAACUAUGCGUCAAUGCCGGUGGUGCAUCCCGUAAAUAUCAAUGUCAACUUUAUGCCUGCUACAACGUCUUCAUCGUUCCUUGCCGCCGCUGCAACAGCGGCUGCUAUGGCGGCGGGUAAACAACAAUUGCCGCCUAUAAACGGCACCGUCUCCUCAACAGCAGCAGCAGCGGCGGCGGCGGCAGCCACUGCGGUGGCUGCGACCAAAGCCAAAUUGGAGAGUAUCAGUAAUGGCUGGUAAAUACGAUACACGCACGCAAGUACGCACGCAAUAAAUAUUUAAAACAACAUGAACAACAACAGCAAAAGCAACAGCAACAAACGUACGCGAUUUUAGGAAGGAAUGCGGUGCAGCAUCUGCUUGCCAGGCGGCUGGGUGGCUGGCUGGUCUUGAGUCGACUGAGGACGCGGACGCAUUCCACAAUCACUACAACUUAUGUACGACAACAACUACUACAAGGGACAGCACUACCUCAGACAUCUGUGAAAUAAGAUGAAACAAUGAAAGUGACUUUACACCGAGCGUAAGUUAGAGCAGCUAAAAACACCACAAAGUGAGUGAGUGUUCAGCAGCGUUCGAAGUCAAGCAACCGAUCGCAGCGUGGUGCGUCUGUCUACGCCUGAAUGGCAUACAGGGUGCACUAAGUAGCAUGGGAAAUGUACAAUAUGGUUUAUAGUGAGGACUUACGUGGGCGCAAGAAAAACUUGUAUAAACACCCCCAACAAUAGCAACAGCUACAAUAAUUGUGAAACAUUUCUAUUGAAUUUGAAUUAGAAGAAACAACAAAUAGAACAAAUAAAAGGAAAGCAAAAAUUUGAAUAUUUCACCAAGGUUUCGUCUUUUUUAAGAAUGAAGUAGAAACUAAAAACAACCAUAUACAUAUGUACAUAAUAAAUAAAAUAAAAUAAUAUUUAAAUAGUUCACUAUUUGCAAUGUUUUAACUUUGCAAUUACAUAUUUUUUGCUGUGCUCUCUGAGACUGAGACAGCAAUGCGAAUUUACAGAAAGUUUUGCAGAGCUAUAUGAACAUACAUAUGUGUGCAGUAUAUAGUAUGUAUGUAGGAAAUACAUAUGUAUGUAAGUAAGUGUUUAUGUUUCUGUAUAGCCAAGCCAUGUUUGAAAAAUUGUAGCAUCCAAAUAUGUAUAUAUGUCUGUAUUUGCUGUGCGCAUGAAGAGCAACUUAAACAAAAAAUGCUACUAGUCAAAAGCUGCAUAGAAUUAAAACAAAAAUAAAAAUAAAAGUAGAAAAAAAACCGUUUAAAAUAUGUAAUCGCCAUUAAUGAAAUAGUUGAGGAGGCGCAACCACUCAUGGCAGACGCAUAAAUGUGUUUUUAUGUUAGUAUACAUUCAUACAUACAUAUGUAUGUAUAUAUAGAUAGUAAUAAGUACUAUUUGAAAGUCCUAAUUACGUAAGCUUAGAUGUGUACGUACAUAUGUAAUACUAAAGAUAUGCCUACAUAUAUUAUGUACACUAAAUGUAAAUUGAAGAAAUUUAAGUGAAAUUGUAAAAAUUUGUUUAAUGUAAGAUUACCACUAUGGAUUCGUUGAAUUUAUUUGCCAAAUGGAAAAGGAUACGUAAAAAGUGAACUAUUUUCAUAGUACUUGUCUGUUAGGGAAUACAAACAUACAGUAUGUACAUAUGUAUGUAGUAUGUUGAUUUAAAGUGAAUACUUUAUAUAGAUAAAUUAUGUAAUUUAGGCGUUAAAGAGUGCAGAUGUUUUAAAUUGAAUAAAAAAACGCU